CGAUCUCCGCCCUAGAUCCAAAAGCCCAUCUAAUCUAAUCUAAAGAGAGAGAUAAGUGAGAGUUUGCACUUCAAUUCAGCAAACCGAUACAAUGACAUCCACUUCAUAAAAAGGGGAAAUAAAAUUCCGUCUAAUUGACUCUAAAUCAUGGGGAACAUUCCGCUGUCCGUCCUCCGCCAACCGCCGCCUCCGCCAGGCCGUGGUGGCAGCAAGGAUGGCUCGCAGACAACCGAAGUAAACCAACGGAACUCCGAGAUGACUCGACACAAUCCCGUACCCAACAACCGCAGGUCACGCCCUUUCUAUUCCCGGUCAUGCAAAAAGACGAAACCCACCGACAUUUCAUCCCUCCCAGACGACAUUGUGUUCAAAAUCCUCCUUCACCUUCCGGCCCAAGACAUCUACAACGUGACCCGUCUCGUUUGUCCCCAGUGGUACCGCACGAUCCACUCCGCCGACUUCAUAAACGAGCACCUCAACUCUUCGCCCCGCGGCCUCCUCAUCCAGAACAUAGAAGACAAAACCGCCCGCACGAGCCCGAUUUUCGCUUACGUGGACCGAGGCCAAAUCGAGAUCUCGAAGCUCGACUACAAGUUCCGGGACAUGGUCUGGACGAGCUGCAACGGGCUGAUACUCGAGGGCGACCUCAAAGCCCGUUUCACGGUUAUUGUCGCGAAUCCCGCCACGAAACAACACUUCUCGAUCCCCACGCACGAGUACCACAUAGACGACAGGUGGCACACGGGCUUGGGAUAUGUCCCAACCUCCAUGGAGUACAAAGUGGUCCACACGUUCGACUCGGAUUUUUACGUGCUGACUUUGGGAGUGGACGACGUGUGGAGGCGGGUCGAGUGCGGGCACCUGACCCCACCCGCCAAGAAGCUUCUCAGGCGUUUGACUCCGCUGGUGACGGAGGGCUAUAUGCAUUGGGUCCACCCGGCGAGGAACAUUGUGGUGAUGCUCGAUUUGGAGAAAGAGGGCUUCAGGCAGUUGCGGGGCCCGCCUGGUAAGAAGAGGGGAAACUGUGGUUUUCUGGAGGGCGACUUGCUUUCUUGUUAUGUUAGGCGCGGGUGGUUGUCGUGGGGGGUUUGGGAGCUGAGGCCGGGGAGUGAGGAGUGGGAGAAGGUUAUGGGGAUUGAGUUGGGAGGUCGAGCUCCGGAGCUCGAGAAUUUGUGUGGGAAAGACGGCGGUGAUUGUGAUUGGGGUCUUAGUGUGGUUGGGUGGAUAAAGUAUAAGGAGGUGUUGGUUUUUCGUGUGUCGUGCCCGUCUAGGGUUUGCAUUGCGUAUAGCGUCCGAACGGGAGAACUACGGGCUUUUAAGUUGGAUUGUGAGGGGUACAAACACAACUAUCUGCCUCAUAGGAGCAGCUUGGUUUGGUUGGGUGGCACCUAAACACUUAUGUUGAGUGAUGUUCCUUUUGCAUGGGAUGUGUUGUAACUUGUAGUGUGUGUGAGUGUGUGUUGUGAACUCCAUGUUUGUGUUGUUAAAUGGCCAAAAUAUGUUUGGCUGCAAAACUUGUCUCCCAGUUUAUUUUUGUGUGCAAACCCAAAACUACAUUUCAACAAAUCAUUUUUUUCUUUUUCUUUUUUCAUUCUUUUGUUAUGCAUUCAAUGGAUUUGGUGA